CAGUCUGCACAAAACUCGGCCGGAAUCCAAACGCUGCUUGACAAGAUUGUCCAGCAAGGUAUAUCCUACCGCACCAAGCGUGUAAAGGACGCUCGCUCCGAGGCCCAAAAAGAGAUCGACGAGUACCGCAACAAGAAGGAGGAAGAGUUCAAGCAAUUCUCAACACAGCACACCAGCGGCAACGAGCAGGCCGAGAAGGAUGCCUCCAAGGAUACAGAUGAGAAGCUGAAGGAGAUCAAGAGCAUUGGCGACAAGGAGGGCGGCACCGUUGUUGAGAACCUGCUACGCGCCGUCACCGAUGUCAAGCCCCAGGUUCCCGACAGAGUCGAGCAGCCCGUCGCAUGA